CGGUGAUCUUCGCGUAUCAUCGCAUUUGAAACUGAUGGUUAGCCAACCUAACAUACACGCCUGACAGGAUGUAAAACAUUACAAGCACGAACAGUCAAAACAGUAUUAAAUCGAUAAAAACAAAACAAAUCAUGGACAACAAAGUAUCAAACGUCAAUUUCAAAGCUGGCAUUGUCACUGCCACCAAGAAGAAAUCUCUGGGUCCCAAAUUUGAGUUAACCAAAGAACAAGAAAAUGAUAUCAAAGAGGCCUUUGACCUCUUUGAUACCGAGGGUAGCGGUAAAAUCGACGCCAAGGAGCUGAAAGUAGCAAUGCGUGCGCUUGGAUUUGAGCCUAAGAAAGAAGAUAUCAAGAAGAUGGUUGCUGAAAUUGAGGUGGAUGAUGCAGGCAAGAUGUCCUUUGAACAAUUCCUCAAACUCAUGUCCACAAAAAUGGCUGAGAAGGACUCCAAAGAGGAAAUCAUGAAGGCAUUCCGGCUGUUUGAUGAAGAGGAGGAAGGAAUCAUCACUUUUGCCAAAUUAAAAAGGGUGGCAACAGAGUUAGGUGAGAACAUCACAGAUGAUGAACUACAGGAGAUGAUUGAUGAAGCAGAUAGAGAUAAUGAUGGUAAAGUAACCCAGGAAGACUUCCUUAGGAUUAUGAAGAAGACCAGCUUGUACUGAAGCACAAACUAAGUUUAUAUUUAUUUGCGAAUAUUUUUAUAUGUAUAGGUUUUACAAAAGAAGUGGGGGCGCCAUAUUGGAUUUUGGGCCGGUACCAGACCGUUAUAUGUAAGAUGAUCAAUGUUUAUGACUUAAUUCUAGUCCUGAUUAAACCUUACAGUAUUUCUUUGA